AUGGGAUCAUAUCUCUAAAAGCCGAUAACUUAAAAAGAAACUCAUUCAGGUAAAUAUGGUGGUUUGGAAUUUGCUACAUCAUGUAUGUAAGGUUGGCGUACUAAUAUGGAAGACGCUCAUAUAACAGAUCCAAAAUUUGACAAAGAAACUUAAUUAUACGCCGUAUUUGACGGUCAUGGUGGUUUCGAAGUAGCUGAAUUUACAGCCAAGUAUUUUCCUUAAUAAUUAAAAAAUAAUAAAAAUUAUUAAAAUAAAAAUUUUCAAGAAGCUUUAAAAGAAACGUUUAUGUAUAUGGACUAAUUAUUAUAAACUGAAGAAUCUAAAUAAGAACUAAUUAAUCUAAUAAAGGCAAAAAAACCUGAUUUAAAACCCGAAGAAUUGAAAUCAACAGCAGGAUGUACUGCUAAUGUUGUUUUAAUUCACAAAAAUACUAUUUAUUGUGCAAAUGCAGGAGAUUCAAGGUGUGUAUUGUCCACAGAAGGCACUUUAGUGCCUCUAAGUGAAGACCAUAAGCCUGAAAACGAGCUUGAACAUCAAAGGGUGAAAAAUGCAGGAGGAGAAGUAACUGCUUAAGGUAGAAUAAAUGGCAAUUUAAACCUUUCUAGAGCUAUAGGAGACUUAGAUUAUAAAAAUAAUUAAAAUCUGCCUUAAGAUUAAUAAUUAAUUAUUUCUUUACCUGAUGUAAAAAUACAUGAAAUAACUCACAAAGAUGAAUUUCUAAUAAUGGGAUGUGAUGGUAUAUGGGAAUUGAAAGAAUAAGAAGAAUUAUUAUAAUUUUGUAGAAAAAAUAUAAUCGAGAAAAUGGAUUUAAGUACUAUAUGUGAAAAAAGUUUAGAUUUGUUACUUGCUCCAGAUACUAAAGGAGGUAAAGGAUGCGAUAAUAUGAGUAUUAUAUUAAUAAAAUUAAAGAAAAACAUAGAAAAUACAGAAAAUUAAUAAUAAUAAUAAUAACAAUUAUAAAAUGACAAAUUUAAAUAAGCUGGUUAAAUUGCAAAUUUAGUUUUUUAAAGAAUUACUAAGGAAAAAAUAAUGCAAAAUUCUUCCGUUUUUGAAAUCUGUAAAUUUGCCGACGAAGAAAUCGUCCGAGAAUGUAAAAAAGUCUAUUUAAAGGAAAAAAAUAAAGGAUUAGCAUCCCCUACAUGCAUUUCUCUUAACAAUCAAAUCAAUUAUAAUUGUCCUAUAUAGGAUAAUAAACAAGUAAUUAAAAAUGGAGAUUUAGUUAAAAUAGAAUUAGGAGUCCAUAUAGACGGUUUCCCAGCCUAUAUUACCGGAACAGUACUCUGUGGGGCAAAUUAAGUAGAAGGAAAAAAAGCAGAAUGUGUACAUGCAGCUUAUCAGGCUUUAUAAGCAGCUUUGAGGACUGUUUAAUUUGGUUUUUCUACUUCGGGAACUUCCAGAAUUAUUCAAUUAUGCAUAAAUUAGUAUGGAUGUACUCCUAUAUAGGAAAUUAAAGGUUUCGAAGCGUAAAAAAAUGGGUAAAUAGGAGGUUUAAUAUACUAAAUAGUAGAUUAGGAAUGUGAGAAUAAUAGCUUUAGAUACGAACAUUAGGGAGUUUAUGUUUUAGAUGUUUGCGUUUGUAAUGGAAAAGGAUAAGUAAGUGUAUGUGAAGAAAGUAAUGUUUAUUAAGUUUUAAAAAAUAAAUAAUUAUCAAUUAUUGGAGUGAAAAAACACAGUUAAAAUUUAUGGAAGGAAAUUUAAGAAAAACAACCAUUUUUUUAUUUUAAUUUAAGAGAUUAUUAAAAUUAAUAACAUUUAGAAUAAUCAAUUUAGGAAUUUAAUAAAUAGGGACUUUUGGAAAAAAAAGAAUGCUUAUAAGUUGAUUAAGGGGAGUUUGUGGCAAGAUUUUAAAUCACUGUGGGUGUUAAUUCUAGUGGAGUAAGCUUUAUCACAGGAGGAGAUGAUGUUUUUGAUAUCGGAAAGUUUAAAAGUGGAGUUUAGGUUUAAAAUGAGGAAAUUAAGAAAUUAUUAAGUUAAGAAAUUUAAUAAAAUAAGAAAAAGAAAAACAAAAAAAAAUGA